AUGCUACGGUGGAGGCUGCAGGGCGUGAAGAGGGAGGCCGAGGUCGCUAAAAAGCCGAGGCAGACUAAGAGGCCGAGGCAGGCCAAGGUUGCUAAACCAAAGCCAACUCCAGUUCAAGAAGUUAUUCCACCACGAGAGUCCAAGGAGAGCGCGUCCUCGAGUGAAACUCCUGUUGCUGCAGCUGCUGAGGUUCUCCCCGUGUCGGUGAGUAGUCCUAGCCCUUCCUCAAGUGUACCUACUAUUGCGGUAUCUCCUAGUACAGUAUCGUCUGGGUCGGCUCUUGAUGAUCUCUAUAGCGCCCUUAGUCGAGAGAUGGGUGUAGAAUGA